UCAUUGCCCGCCAUCUCGCCCAUCCUUUUCCCUUUCUCCAGCAGUGAGAGUGACCGGGCGGGAACCCGGAAGCGGUUUCCCUUCCUGGUGACACUUCGGCAGCCACCUCAGUCGGAAGAGUGAGGUGGCGUCGGGGACUGUUAUCGAGCUCAAGUUCCCACCCCUAUUUCUGCCGGUGCCCCCUUUUCCACGGCGUAUGUUCUGUCGUUACCUCUUGGCUACCGCGUCUCGCGUUAAUCCCUCCAUUCUUCGGCCAGGCACUCUUUCCGCUGCUUCUUCUCCUUCUCUUCGCCUGCUGCUCCUCAUGAAACCGGUUGUUGUUUUCGUUCUUGGCGGGCCUGGCGCCGGAAAAGGGACCCAGUGUGCCCGCAUUGUGGAGAAAUAUGGUUACACACACCUCUCUGCAGGUGACCUCCUUCGAGAUGAGAGGAAGAGGCCAGGCUCUCAGUAUGGAGAGCUCAUUGAAAAUUAUAUUAAAGAUGGAAAAAUUGUGCCUGUUGAGAUAACAAUCAGCUUGUUAAAGAGGGCUAUGGAUGAAACUAUGGCAGCCAACAUACAAAAGAAUAAAUUCUUAAUUGAUGGAUUUCCCAGAAAUGAAGAUAAUCUUCAGGGCUGGAACAAAACCAUGGAUGGAAAAGCAGAUGUAUCUUUUGUUCUCUUUUUUGAUUGUGACAAUGAGAUAUGUAUUAACCGUUGCCUGGAAAGAGGAAAGAGCAGUGGCAGAAGUGAUGACAACAGAGAGAGUCUGGAAAAGAGACUCCAUACGUAUCUAGAGUCUACUAAGCCCAUAAUAGACCUCUAUGAGAAAAUGGGCAAAGUUAGGAGAGUAGAUGCCUCUAAAUCCGUUGAUGAGGUUUUUGGCAAAGUAGUGAAUGUCUUUGAUAAAGAAGGCUAGUUCUCUACUUGAACACUUUUUCCAAACGUGCUUGAAUCUUGCUUUAAGAGCUGCUGCUAUAAUCCAUUUUUAUAACAGUGAUAAAAUAUGCCUUUUAAAUACUUCUGUGUUGAAAGCAGUUUAAAAAUGGUUAAUUUGAAAACAUGUUUUAAAAUAUGAGUUACAAUUAGAAUUAAAAGUGGCUUGUCAUUAAGAUAGAUACAUUCGAACUAUUCUGAAGCUCAUAAAGAAUCCUAACUGCACAGCAAGAAUAGUAGUCAUAUGAUAAUCCUAGCUAUUUUCACAAAACAUCUGGCCAUCUUUUUCUUUUCUUUUCUUACUGCCCAAAGCCAUGUUAUUUUCUUAGAAUUCCAAAUACUGAAAUUGUAACUAUAAGUGAGUGGGCCCAUUGAAUUUCUUCUUGUUUUUUUUUCUUUUAGUUUUGGACCAAAUAUGGGGAAAUUGCAUGAGUUUUUUAUUUUUAAAGAAAAUGAUACUGUUUUGAAUGACAGGCAGUUUCUGUCAACAUUUUAAGUAGAGCAUGCUCCUUUGAUUUAGUAGUUCUUGUUUAUUUGAUUGCUAAUAAAGCAAUGACUCUUAUGAGGCACUCCAAUAUUAAUCACACUGCUUGAAAGUUGUCCUGUUGAUCUCACAUUUUGAUGCUGUCUGUAUCCCACACAUGCUUGAGGCCUCUGAGAAAAGGAGCCACACAGCAUGCAGAAUGUGUAUGUGGCAAUGGGAGAUGGCUCCUUUUUCAAAAAGAUAGGGGAACUGUAGUAUCUGAAGAUUACAUGGAUUGUAGUUUAUAUAAUCAGUGGACUGGAUUCAGCCUAAAUUAGUAGCACUUAGGUACCAUUGUAACCAAUGCAGUAAGUUGUGAUUAAUUUAAAUCCUAUUAAUUUUAAUGCGAGAAUGCAAUUCGCAGAGCAAUCCUGAGUCCUCCAGAUCCCCACCUUAAAACACACCAUUUUGGGGUUUUGUACUGCCUGUCUACCCAAGCCAACUGAAGCUUCCAUCUCACUGGAGCCCCUCAGUCAUGCUAGGUAAAUACAUAACAGUUCAGAGGGUUAGGAUUGUAUCCUAAUUUAAGUUGGGUCAAGCCUAGUGUAUUUAGGACUGAGAUGUCAGAUAUGUAGGUGCUAUACAUGUUCAGGUGUUUGUGUAUUUACAGGUAAUGUGGGCAUUGAGGAUUUGAAGUACCCCCAAGUGGUUAAAAAAUUAGAUAUUUGAGAGCAUCUAUUACAUUAACAUUUACUUGCCAUGCAUCUCUAGCUGCAUGAUAAAAUUAUUUUAGACAUUUUGUACAAAAUUACUUAUUAAGUAACUCGAAGUGUAUUUGGAUGGAGUCCACCUUUAAGUGACAGGAUGGAGGGGAAAUUCAUAUGGCUGUAUUUUCCUCUGAAAUUGUAUAACUUGAACAUUUUGACUCAAUUAUACUUGGCCUGAGCAAUAUAAAAGAAAGCCUCUUUUUGUUAAUUAAGCAUACUAGAUCUUUACUGUGUAAAUUUAAUACAGUGCUGGUGUCAAAAAAGUUUUUAAUAAAUGGGUAAUUUUGGAUAGCAAACACAAUAAAAUGUUUUACAGCUGUUCUAACUGCACAUUUCUUAAAUUUAAAAACUGCAGAAAACUAUGGGACUGGUUACUUAAAUAUGACUUCAGGGCUCAUUACUUUUUUCUUUUGUUGAAAUGUCCAUUGGAUUGGAUCUUGAAAAUAAAAGGAUACAUACAUACUUGGUCUAAUCGCAAAGUUUUUUUUGUGGGGGUUGCUGUGUCAACUACUAUUUGAGCUAUGUUUACAACUAUGAAUUGUUCUUCCUGUUUAUGUCUGUCUCAUAUAUAAUUGCAUUUAGUAAUAUAUUUUGUCCUUUAAGAUAUGAUGAAGGAACUGCAAUUGACUUUGAACAGCUGAAUCUUUGUACUUUGUGUGUGGGCUUCACUGGUGCUAUCAAGAAAUAUAAGGCCUAUAUGAUAAUAUGUGACACUAGGAAUGAGAUCUUUGCAUAAAAAUACACAAUGUUACUAAUAUAGUCUGGAAACCUUUGAAAAGUGGUGUUACUUUUUGAAGAAAAAAUCAUGAUAAACUUUUGUUAAGAAUGUGUAUAAAUUAUUCCAUAAUCUUAUCAUAGAGAAAUGGAUUUGCACAGAUUUUGCCCAUGGGGAAACCUUGAUUGUCUGCCAAGAGAGCUGUAUGUAUCUGCCAUGGAAUUCUCUGUAUGUUGUACAAGAUUCUCGGAAGCAUUCCUGAUGUGUACUCAACGCAUGUGGGGCUUUAGGAAGGUCUGGUUGUUACUUCAUGCAGACUGAGUGCACCACAGGACACACAUUACUUUCCCAAUCCAAUGCUUUCCCAAUCCAUUGUUACCAUUUUUUUUCAUUGGGCCCCUAGUAAUCAUCUAUGGAACUCCAGGUUUCUUAUGAACAAAGUCUGAACUACUGUUUUAAAUUCUGUGUCUGCUUUUAGUAACAAUUGCUAAAGCUGAUUAGAAAAAUCAUUAUUUGAAAUGUGAAAAAUCCAUUGUUAUCCCUUCCUGCUGUAAUGGACAAUCUCUGCAUUUGGUUAUGCCUUAGUUGACUUCUCUGUAGAAAACAUUAGUUAGAAUGUGCUGUGGGGCAAUGGAUCUACGUACACUGAAUCUGUUUGUGUGCUGUCAAAUACACCAACAUAGUAUCAAGUGACCAUUUAGAAGCCCUUUUCACAAAGUUAUCCAUUAGAAAAGAAGUCCUUUUUGUAGUGAUAUUAGCAUUGCUGUGUUUGGAUUUUACGGAUGUUAAUAGGAAUGAGUAUGUUUUCUUGCUGUGUACUUUGCUAUCUGUUUGCAAACUGAAACAAAGCAAACAAUUAUAUUUCAAAAACAAAACACAAGACAUGCUUGUCUGAACAAUGUGUUGGGAUAGAUUCUUUUUCUCAAUCUUUUAUUGAUGCCAUGAAUGCAUUGUUUUUCUCCAAACUGGCUUUUUUUUGUCACCUCCCAUUUUCUUCAAUCAGUAGACCAAUGUAUAAUUCCACAGAGCAGCAAAUUGUAAAAAUCUAAAAUGUUCACAAAUAAA